AUGUCUUCGUCUUCACCGACCGGGGCUUUUGUGUCUUCUUUUCACUCGAUCGGGGCUUUUGUGUCUUCUUUGUGCUCGUGUUCAAGCUCGAUGCUAGUCAUUGGAUUCAAUGCUUUUGGUGUCGAGGUUGGUAGCAUAUGUGAUUGUAGGUCGUUACUUGAAUGGGUUUCGGUAAGGGCAAUGAAGGAGGGGUUGAAAAUGGCUUCAAUGAUAGUAGAAAGGUUGGUGGAAGAGGCUUCGAUUAGAAGGGAUGAUGGUGAUGGCUCAUUGCAAGUGAGUGUGUGCAGAGUGAGGGAGGAUUGGGUCUAUAACAAAGAGGUGAUCGAAAAAGGGAAGCAUAGGAGGUUCAAUGAUGAGGGAAAGGCUGGAUAUUGGUGCAAAAGGGAGAAGGAAAUGGGUUCAUGGUUUGGCUUACUUGAGUUGGGUGGUUGGGUUAUGGCUGCCUUGAGGGCACAAGUGGUAGGGAUGAAUGGCGUAGGGUCCGUGAAGCUAGAGAUGGAUGAUCAUGGAGGCUAUUAG